AUGGUCAGAUUAGAUGAUGAUCCGUACACGAUCCAGGAGGAGCACACGGUCAGUGUCUUCACUCGCCUCCUCAACUGUGUUCGAAUCCACAAUGUUCCUGCUAUCAACUUGGGAAUUAUUUCUGUUCUAGCAUUCUUCCUUCUAAAGUUAACCACAAAGUAUAAUGAGCUAUACAUGAAGAAUUCGUUGAUCACCAUCAUCGUCACAAAUCUCGUGCUUUACGGAAUCUCCGAGACGUUAGCUCAGACGCUUUUAUGUUAUAAAUCGGAAUCGCCACGUCUCAGCAUUCGACUUAACGAUACCCAGACUACGGUUUCUUUCAAUUCCGACGAUAUUUCGUUCGGCAACACAAAUAACGAGGAAUAUGAGGUCGAAGAAACCGCUCCCGCAGAUAUAGAUGACACUAUAGACGAUGAAAAUGUGGACCGGUUUCUUGACUACCUCCGGUCGACGGAUACCGAGUCGAUUAACUCAGAGAGUGCUAACUUUGGAACCAACUUGACUCAGCAGCUGCUGACAACAUCAAUGCCUAUCACAUACUUCCAAUUUGGACGCUUGGCCGGAUUUAUGUGUUGGGGCUUCAUUAUGUCCUUCUUCCAGUGCUGGUGGUACAAGUUUCUCCAGAUCUACUCAAAGCAUCCACAAUUCAUUGAGGUGCUCCGCAAGGUUAUGCUGGAUCAGUUCUGCUACUCACCGCUCUCACUAUUUGCGUUUUUCACCUACGGAACCAUUGUGUUGGAAAACGGCACGUGGGACGAUACCAGAGACAAGCUUCGUCGGGUUUACUUGAAGACUCUCAUGGUCAAUUACUCCGUAUGGUUUCCCGUUCAAUUCAUCAACUUUCUUUUGGUUCCAAGACCGUUUCAGGUUCCAUUUUCUUCAUCGGUUUCUGUGUUAUGGAACUGCUUCUUGUCGAUGCGCAACUCUACCUCUUAA